AUGCCUAAGCGGGUAGACUUGACCAGGCAAGUGAGUGCGGUUUUAAACGGGGAGCUUCCCCCUAAACUCAAAGAUCCGGGUACGCCAUUGAUAAAUAUACAAGUUGGUAAUUUUCAAAUGGCAAAGGCGUUACUUGAUCUUGGAGUCGGGGUAAGCAUUUUACCGGGGGGCUUAUAUGACCAAUACGAUUUUGGUCCGUUAGCAAGAGUGGAGACAAUGGUUGUUUUAGCCGAUUUGUCCAUUAAGCUACCCCGAGGGAUGGUUCAAAAUGUGAUUGUAGAAAUUGAUGAGUUUUAUUGCCCGGUUGACUUUCUAGUCUUGGACUACUCGUCCGCGGACCCAAAACAACAACAAAACGUAAUUUUGGGUCGACCAUUUUUGAGCACCGCGCAUGCCGUGAUCGAUUGUAGAUUUGAUUUAGUCGAUGGAUGCAACCCGCACGAGUACGAGGAGGAUGGCAUAGAUAUUUGUUUGUGUGAUUUUUCUGAACAAGUACAUGCGUGUGCACUAGGGGUUGAGGAAGAAAAGCAAGAUGCUAUGGCUUUAAAGGAAGGUCGACCGCCAUGGACUCAUCAAUUCGAAGGCUUGCCGCCGGAAAUAAGUUCGGGUACUAAACUAUCGCUAGAGGAACCGCCAAAGUUGGAACUUAAGGACUUGCCGAGCCAUUUAAAAUAUGCUUUCUUAGGGGAUAAUGACACUCUACCAGUCAUUAUUGCCUCUAAUUUAGAGAUGGCACAAGAAUAA